AUGAUUUAUUGGUUACGCGGGCACGCGUGCUCUUAUGCCACGCAGUUUGAGCCUUUGCCAGUCACAGCAGAACAGGUCAAACGAGAAACACAGAGAGAUCCUCUAUUGGCGAAGGUCCAUGAGUUGGUUAUGAAAGGAUGGUCCACUCCACAAGAUGAAGCGAUUAAACCGUUUUACCAGCGGAAAGACGAACUGACAGUUCACUGUGGUGUCCUAAUGCUUGGACACAGAGCAGUCAUUCCUGCAAAGUUGCGUAAUCAAGUGUUAACCGUGCUUCACGAAGGUCACCUUGGAAUGAAGUCUCUGGCGCGAAGUUACAUCUGGUGGCCCAAAAUUGAUAAGGACAUUGAGCACCUAGCCAAGAGCUGCCCUGGUUGUCAACUUCGACAGAAUGAAGCCGGCAAAGUACCACUACACCCUUGGGAAUGGCCAACCACACCUUGGCAGAGAAUCCAUUUAGAUUUUGUUGGGCCGUUUCUAGGACAAUGUUCCUUAUCAUUGUAG